AGGAAAGUCCUGGGAAGUCCCUUUGAUUCACUUCGUCUUCAACGCCAUCUAGCGUUAACAAAAUCCACGGUAUUGUGUCAGCAGUGGAUAAAAUACGUUGAAAACAUUUGUAACAUAAACAUUAGUCAAGUACUAUCAGAAGUUGGUUCGAAUCUACCAUAAAAGUGAUGAUUACACAGGACAAAACAAAUACAUGUGUCUAACACACAUGUAGUUUACAGUUUAAAUUUGUACUAACAGUAGUCAUUUUACGGAAGUUUAUAAUUCACCAUUAAAAAAGGAUGACAUCGCGAGAAAUAUUAACUAUUCAAUUUGGUUAUUACUCCAAUUUUAUUGGUACUCAUUGGUGGAAUCUGCAGGAAUCUAAUUUUUCAUACGAUCCCCAUAACCCAUCUGAAAUAAAUCAUGAUGUUUUGUACAGAGAAGGAGAGAAUUUGAAGAAACAAGUUACUUAUACACCCAGAUUGUUAAUUGUAGAUUUAAAAGGAGUGCUGGGAUAUUUGAAAGAAGAAGGUACUUUGUAUGAGAGUUCAAAGCACAAUGAAACACAACCCCUAUGGGAUGACAAUAAAGUGGAAGUCACAAAUGAAGAGACAGUUGUUCCAACGUCGUUCAUUAAAAGUUUGGAUGAUCCCUCUGAAACUUCAGAAACAACUUUCAAUUUAGAAGAUAAGGUUAACUCAUGGGUAGAUUAUCUAUUGCCCAGAUUUCAUCCCAGAACGUUAAAUGUAAUUAAACAGUAUACACACGAGAGUACAACAAGUCCAUUCGAUGUUUUCACUUAUGGGAAAUGUCUGUGGAAUACGGAACAAUUUUCAGAAGAUUUUUCAGAAAGAAUAAGAACUUAUGUAGAGGAGUGCGAUCAGAUGCAAGGUUUCCAGGUAAUACUAGAUUCUGUGGAUGGUUUUGCUGGACUUGGAGCAUCGUGUAUACAACAUUUAAAAGAUGAGUAUGGAAAAAGUAUACUGUCGUUUCCAUGUAUGGACAGUAAGAAGACUGAACCUUCCACAUCCGAUCAGAUUAAAGUUCUUAACACAGCUCUGUGUUGGCAACACAUAGGAGAGUAUUCUUCGUUGUUCAGUCCACUCUGUUGUAAACAAACAGUCUUGCCUACAGGGGAUUUACGAAUAUUCGAUCAUUUAACAUACAAUUCCGAAUUAAAUUAUCACAGUAGUGCGCUUCUAGCAACUGCUUUGGAUACAUUAACCAUGAGAUAUAGACGUAAAGAGUAUCCAAACGUUGUGUUAUCCGAUUUGUGCGCGGAUUUAAAUACAUUGGGCCGAAAAGCAGUGGCAACGAGUUUAUCUUUGCCAUUCCCAAUGGCGGCAAAAAUGGAUUUAAUCGAUGUAUUGGACGAGUUUACGGGAACAUUAUGGACAAGCUUAACCCCAAGUUGUGAUAUAACAAUGGAUAGAAAUAUGCAAAGCAUAGGAUUACGAGGAGUUCCCGAAGAUAGAUUAAAACGACCGUUAUCUCAGGCAACGAAACAGAUUUCAAAGGCUGCGUACAGAUGUUCCACCGUGCACGAGAUGAUGAUGCUUUAUUUCAGCUGCAAUUGUCACGCAUCGCCAACCUAUUUAUCUACAAUUUCGUCGGCAUUGAAGAUAAAAGAACCAUAUCCAAACAUUUUCAAUAACAACAUUACCGAGAAUGGAGACAUUAUUGGCUGGCCUGUAGGAACAGACGUCAAAUCUGUUCCUGUUAUGGCUGGUUUACACAAUGGACGCAGCCUUUCGACGAUGUACGAAUCUUUGCACAACCAAGUGAGCAGGAUAAGAAAUAUAAACAAAUUCCACGCGUUUACCAACUCUGGUUUGGAAGACGACGAGUUUAAAGAAUGUCUGAACCACCUGCUCGAUUGUAAAGAGAAUUACGAAGACUACUCUUAACUGUUCCUAA